UACUCAUCAAGCCAUAACAGACUGAAAAAAGAUGUUUAAAAUUCCUUUGACUUGAUAAUAGAGCAAACAGAAACUUUAUUAUGAUAGAUUAUGACAACUUAUGUCAGUGUCUUUUGCUAAUUUCAGUUCAGUAUGUCCAGUAGUUGUAGAUAUUUUAGUCUGGACAGAAGCAGUGGAUUGUCUGACAUGUAUGACGACACUGGCAUCCCUUGAGCCAUGCUGCUAGUGUGGACAAAAACUUGUACUUCAUCUGAAAGCUUGACACGUUCAGUGUAGAAGUUUCCAAAAUCUCCAGAGGUGAAGUAACGUGGUGACGUCGAGACGAGCUAAAAGACUGAGAACAGCUUCCAGAGCUCACAGUUGUGGUGUAUCUGUGUAUAGAGCUUAGCAAAAUCCAAAUACUGACUACUGAAUAUGUUUUCUGCUUUUUCUUCAUAAAAGUUUUCAGUGGUGCCACUUUUUCAGAACUUUGAUAGUAGGUUGUUCAAAAGCAGACAUCAGAAUAGUUUUUCUUUGCAGCUCUUUGAGUCAGAGAAUGGAAAACAGCACUGUCUCUUUUUACUUUAACUUCACCAUGUUCAUGAGAAUCGGACACUACCGUUAUGUCGCCUUUGUCUUUUUCCUCCUGUUGUACAGCUUCAUUGUUUGUGCUAAUGUUCUCAUAAUAUGGAUAAUACUGCGGGAGAGCACACUGCACAAGCCCAUGAAUGUGUUUAUUGCUUUUCUGUCUGUCAACUCUUUGUAUGGUUCUGCUGGUUUCUUCCCCAGAUUCCUCAUGGACCUCCUGUCUGAUACUCAUUUAAUCUCACGUCCUGCUUGUUUCACUCAGAUUUAUAUUAUUUACACAUAUGCUUCCAAUGAACUGACCAUCCUGAGCAUCAUGGCUUAUGACAGAUAUGUUGCUGUGUGUCAUCCUUUACACUAUCACAGAAAGAUGACUUAUAAAACUGUCUACAGUUUGGCAUUUUUUGCUUGGGUCUUACCAGCCUGUUACCUUUCAAUAAGCAUACAUAUGAUUGUCAGGCUUCCUUUAUGUGGCAACAAAAUAGAGAAGAUAUACUGUGCCAGUUGGAAUAUUGUAAAAUUGUCAUGUGUUUCUGCUGCUGUUAGCAAUAUUGGUGCUAUGCUGGGAGCCGUAGCUAUAGCCGUCCUUCCUUUUGGUUUUAUCUUGUACACUUAUCUCCGAAUUGUGCUUGCUUGUUGGAAAAACUCAUCAGAGGUCAGAGGAAAAGUGUUACAGAGUUGUCUUCCGCAUGUUAUUUCCUUUGUUGUUUAUUCUGUCACUUCAUUUAGUGAUACAGCUCUGAGCCGGCAAAACCUUCAAAAGGUUAAUCCAUUUGUUGCUGUAAUUCUGUCAAUAGAAUUCAUCAUCAUUCCUCCAUUUGUGAAUCCUCUUGUGUAUGGACUUAAAGUGUCAGAGAUUAGAAGACACAUUUUCAGGACUUUAUGCUCAAAACCCAGAAGUAAAAAGAUUUCCUGCAGACCUUUAAGAGACUCAACAAAUGUGUUGCAAACAUUUUGUGCUGUGAAUGAAACAUCUACAGAGCAAAAUGAUGCAUAAAACCCAUGAAUGAUAUCUGAGGCAGAGUAUCUGAUGAAAUCAUUAAUUUGACUUGAAUAAUAUGAUAAUGGACUUGUUGACAUGCCGUAUAUAAUGACUGUGCAACAGUUACUAAUGACUUACUGAGUGAGCAUGAACUGUUGCAACUGAUGUGAGUUUAAUUUUUGAUGAACCUUAAAUCAGAUGUAGUUAUAAUUCAUGUUUAACUUAAAUUAUGUCCCAUACAAAUAUAGUAUUACACUAAAAACAGUACAUAAAGUAAACUGAUUCUUUCUGAUUCUUAAACAUCUUUGCAGGUGAUGUUUUUUUUUCAGGGUGACAAAAACAAAGCAAAAGGGAAAUUUGAUCGGAUAAAACAGCAGCGUGACUGAGAGUAAAUAACUCGGCUAUAUGUUCCAUUCAUCUGUUUGUUCAUUUCAUUUUCUUGUUUUCUGUGUUUUGAGAUUCUGAGCAAAGCUUUGCUGCCCAUAUACACAAGAUGGACAGUAACCUCUCGCUCUUAAGUGUUGCAAUGGCCACUUCUGCUUUGAAUAUAUUAGAUAUUUAAAAGGAUAAUUUCUGUUAGCAAGAAUGUUAUUGUUGUGUUUUUUGACGACUGGAUAGCCAAAAUGCUAUUAUGCAGGGAGAAACCUGAAGACCAGAAGUUGAUGUUUUGAGCUGCAGAAUAGGAAACAGUAAAACCUAAAUCUCCUUGUGCAGGUGUAUGUACAAUAUACAGUUCAGCCAAACUCCAGUCAUGAUAAUGAUGCCCAAAUCAUUAUAUAGUCUUUUGCUAUAGUUUGUUAUGAGGGGCCGUACAAGACUUAAUUCAUU